AUGGACGGGGGCCUGCGGUUCGGACAGCGGACGGUGGUUGGAUUUGGAGAGUGUCCCCGGCCGGCCGUGCCAGAGCCAAGCCCAGCUGAAGAGGCCAAAGGCCGAGCAGGACAGGCUGUGCUGGGUGCCUGGGAGAAGGGCCCUCGGCCGGGCCAGCGGCUGCCGUCCAUCGUGGUGGAGCCCAGCGAGGCGGGCACUGUGGAGAGCGGGGAGCUGCGCUGGCCCCCGGAGGGCACCCAGCAGGGUUCCCCCAAGAUCCAGGGUGCUGCUGAUCUCACCCUCCCCCGCCCCCACCCUCAGCAGCCCUGACUGGUCAGCCGCCCCCUGAAGUUUGGGCCCAGAAGCCGCCCGUCCACGC